UGGCAUAUGUGGUGGUCUUCUAAUGUGCUCUGACAAUACCGGUCGCCGCCGGACGAUAAGACUCUCACACGCCUCCAUGGACUACGUCAUGUCCGGCCGACUUGUUCAGCGUAAAGUUCCAGGUUUUACCUUCAAUCAUCACAGCGCUGAGGUACUCACCUGUCCGAUCUGUCUGAUAUACCUCCACGCACACAGUUGUGACAGCCAGAGAGAGAGGUCCACAAUAAGCCGCCGGAGCAUCCACUCGUAAUGCAUGCAACCAAUUUCUGGUCUGAGCAUCUCCGUGGUACCGGUGACAAUCCCAAGCUCCUGGAUCUGGCCACAAGGUUACUUACUGAUCCUUCUUCGGAUCUCAUGGAAUGGACCUGGGUCUGUUUCGUCCUGCCUUCCAGCGUGCGUACCGAGCAGCUAUCUGGAAGUCUUUCGAACUCAGAAGUGGGACAAAGAAAGCUGUUGUAUAUAGCGACUUUGAUCGGCAGUUCUUCACUCAUCCACAGGAUGGUAGAACGAGGCGCAGACAUCAGUGAAACCGGUGGAGAUUGCGGUACACCUUUGGCGGCGGCGAUCAUGAACGCGGACCCAAAGACUGUCAAGCAUCUCUUCGAACGAGGUGCGGAUGUCAAUGUUCAGGGUGGCAUGUUUAGUAACGCCCUUCAGAUUGCUUGUGCUUUUGGUAACGUGAAAAGCGUCGAGCUGCUACUCGAACAUCGAGCAGAUCCAAAUACAUAUGGCGGCGAGUUUAGACGGCUCUACUCUGCGGCAAACUAUGAGGGACUAAGACCCGAAAAGACCGUCAAACUCCUUUUGGAAUCUGGUGCUGACCCUAUACUUGCAAAGCACCCUUCGGCUACUCCACUAUGUGCAGCAGUAAUUACGAGAGAUGAGGCAACACGGAAGAUCCUGCUUGAUGCUGCCGCUAGCGUCGAUGAUAACUCCCUCAUUGUUGCUUUGCUAUGGGGACAUCUGCAUAUGGCUAACAUACUGACACAAGAGGGUACCUGUCUUGAGCAAGCUAAUCACCAUAUUGGACAUCCACUCAAUGCCGCUGUGAUUGGUGGUGUGGGGGCAUUGAAGUUCCUUAUGGAGGUCUGGCAUGUUGACCCCCAUAUGGCAGAUAAUGAAGGUCGAACAGCCCUCCACGUGGAGGUCUACUCGAGAAAGUCAGUUUCUUCUGGAUCUCGGACUCCAGACCAAUAGGGAGACUGAAAAGGUUGGUCCGCCGUGCACUAUGCUGCAAUGGCGGACACGCCAGCCAACCUCAAAGUACUUUCUUCCACUAUGAACGUCAAGCAGGAAGAAUGGACUCCGUUGCAUCUCGUUCUUCGGAGAAAUUAGCCUGAGGCUCUCGGCUUGCUACUGGAAGCGGGUUUGUACCCAUCAACCAUCACAACCCAAAAUCCUCCUUGGUGCUGGACUUUAUUCGAUAUUGCCGCAUCACACCGAAACAGAAAUCUUGUAUCACCGGAGGGUAUUACAUUACAUGAGUUGCUAGCGCAGAACAAACCAGAAACUGGGCAGGACCAGACCUCUAUGCGGAA